GCCCUUACUUCUCUAUGUACGCCACUGGCGAUCGCUGGUAUGGAUUGCAAUUGUUCGGACGAUAAUCGCCUCUUGUAAAAGGCCCAGAGGUGCAUACAAAUCUACAUCCAUAUUUUUUUUUCUCACAAUUCUUACAUUCUUGUGAAUUAGCUCAUAGAAUAGGGGUACGGUCCAGCGUAAUCGCCCGCUGGGUGGCACAGAUGUGGUCGCACUGACUCUGAGAUCUGACAAUCCGUCCCUUUCACGGUUACAUCUCGUGGAUACGUGAUAUGCAUUGCAGUUCCUAAGCGGCUCCCUAUAUACUCUGCUGCAGGUAAAUGGUAUCCAGACCCAGAAUACUCAGACAGGUCAGACACGGAUCUCCAUUUUAUCCUACAGGGACCGCACCACAGUUCUAUCAUGUCUGCUGAGUUCCUUACAGGGAAACUCUACUUCUGAACAAACGAUUUAUACGAUCUAACAGCAUUUAAUGGAAUAUCUUUGGAAAUACUUUGCUUGUCUCAUCUUGUUCUACUUUAUGAUUAUAUAAUGUUUUAUUCUCCGGUCAGGCAAAAUUCAAACAGAAAAGUGCAAACAGUCGUCUGCUAGGGAUUUCUGAUGGCCAUUUUCUAAUGUAUCUUUUCUGACUUCAUGCUUGGUCUCGUGGUUGUCGUUUCAGAUGACAAUGCUAGUUGAUGUUACAAUGACAAAUCGCUGAUAGAAUCUUCAGUGUUCACUUUCAUAUUUAACUUGUGACACAAAAUAAGUGAAGGAGGUGUUCUCCUUUAAGAUGGAGCCAGUUGCCUCAGGCGGCCAAACGCGGAUCAUGUGGCUCAAAUAUCUUGGAGACACAUUUGUGAACUCCCCCCCGCCCCACCUUGUUUCCCAACAUUUCAUGAGCAGCACAUUUAGCCUGACUGUUUCAUGAUGUGCAAAUUACAAUUAUUUAAAGUAUUUACUAUGCUUUGACAGUCGCUCAAAGUCAAAAUGCAUGAUGGGUCACUCCACGAGUCUCUAGCAAGGACACCUUACCGGCCAAUUUCUUCAGGUUCUCCAGCCAACAUGCAGAAACAAUAGCUUCUUUGGACUGAACAUUCACAGUUGCAUUGGACACAUUAGGAUGAACGGAUUAGGGUCCACAGACUGAAGGGGAUCUAACUGCUGGAAUGCUCACCCAAUUCUGAGAAUGAGUGGUCCCCAAGUCCCAUGUCUGAAUGAUGCAGUAGGCUCUAUACACUUCUACAGGGUUGACGGAGACACUGCUCCUCCUUAAUCCCAUAAAAAAAGGUGAUCUUUGCAGGAUAACCCCUUUAAGAGACGUGCGAAGCACAAAACUUACAAUAUGCUCAAUCCUCAUCAGUAAAGAGUAGGGUUCUGUUUGACUAUGGAGAUACUGAAUGAGAGGACACUAUGUCAAUAAAUUCUUGCCUCGAAGCGUGUAUUUAUUUGGUUGACAUUCAUUGCGUUUUCUUGACUCUCGUCUCCCAUUUAAGGCUCCUUGAUCUUCUGACAUGGUUGUUCUCGUAGUCACUCCUGAGGUCUCCUUGGUGGAUGAGCCAAUGAAGAUCCAAGCAUGGGGUCUACCUCCUCAGCAAGUCAUCACAAUAAGAGUAUGGCUGAAGGAUGAGAGAGGGGAGAUAUUUCACUCCAGAGCUUUCUACCAAACAGAUAUGGAAGGGAAGGUGGAUCUGGAGAAAUCUCCAGCCACUGGCGGAGACUUCCAUGGAGUCUGUCCUAUGGGCCUAUUCUGGGCUCUCAAGCCAGCUAAUCCAUUCUUAAGGUUGAUAAAACGUGAUGUCAUAAGAAGUCCUUUCUCUAUUCAUGUGGAUUUAUAUUCCUCAUUGGUGCUAAAUCCAGUUACUGAAGAUUCCCCUGCUGCCACCAAAGUCAUUGAAAGAUGGUAUGUGUCUCCAGGAGUCCAGAGAAUACUAAUAAGAGAAGGACGCAUACGAGGAGCACUUUUUCUCCCACCAGGUGAAGGGCCCUUUCCAGGAGUUAUUGACAUGUUUGGAAGCAUCGGUGGUCUGAUAGAGUUUCGUAGUGGCCUCCUGGCCAGCCGCGGUUUUGCCUCGCUUGCUCUGGCUUAUUUUGCUUAUGACGAUUUACCUCGUUCACUUGAUCGAGUGGAUUUAAAAUAUUUUGAGGAAGCCGCUCAGUUGCUAUGGAGUCAUCCAAAAGUGUCAGGCAAUGGAAUUGGAGUGGUCGCUAUAUGCAAAGGAGCUGAGAUGGCUUUGGCCAUGGCAUCUUACCUGCCUCAGGUCGCUGCUACGGUAUGCAUCAAUGGAACCAAUGCUGUAAAUGGCAACAGCAUCAUUUAUGGCGAUCUCCUUCUGAAAGGCAUACCCUACAAUCUAGAAAGAAUUCUGAUCACAGACUUCGGGUCUCUCAGCUUUAGCAACGCUAUGAACAACCCAAGAAAACCAGAACACCAGGACUCUAUACUCCCCCUGGAGAAAGCCAGAGGUCCCAUCCUCUUUCUCGUAGGAGACAAAGACCAGAUUUACAACAGUUUGUUCUUUGCUCAGGAAGCAAAGGCCAGGGCAGAGAUGUACGGUAAGAAGGACGUGUACGUGCAGUGCUAUCCUGGAGCGGGACAUCUUCUAGAGCCUCCAGGGUCCCCUUUUUGUCCAGUAUCACAGUCCCCAUUCUUACCACUUCCUAUAACUUGGGGUGGAGAGCUCCUGCCACACUGCUCGGCACAGGAAACUAGUUGGAAAGAACUUCAGGAAUUUCUCCGUAGAAAAAUUAAAUGCGCCCGACGCAAUAAAUUAUGAUCAGUUGAAUCUAUUGGAGAGUCUACAUGACUAUCGUAAUCUCCAUUAUCUAGAUUGGUUGACUCAAUAUGUAUAUCUGACAUAUGGUAAUUUUAUAAUUAUAUGUUAUUAAUAGGAUGUGGUAGAGACCCUCCAAUCUUUUUGCUUUAGUGGGGACAUACAAACAAGCCGUAGCUCUCACUCUGGUGGACUUGGACCAUUCAGCUAUUACAUAGAUAGAUGUUUACCUAUUUAUUAUUGAAUACUACAAUGAUUGCUAUGGAAGCUUUUAUAUUAAAUGUGUGUGUAUAUAUAUAUAUAUAUAUAUAUACACAUUGUGACAGAGUGUCUGGAGAAGUAGUGGACGGAGUCUAUGUAUGCCCAAGAUUCCUCACUUCUGUCAUUUAAAAGCAACCAGGGAAAGGUUCAGGAGAGGUCUCUGCAAUUCGGGUCUGCAUAAAACCUGUUUUUAGGGCCUGUGUUGCUGGAGUGGGGAGAGAAGGGUGGGCCCCACUCCAUCCGGACAGUCCGGGAUUUGGGCUGUCACGUAAUUACUCCUCAGGUGUGCUGGCCUGAUAUAAGGCUGA